CUCCUGCUGACAACCAGGCACCCUCCACACCACACCCAUGGCCUGCUACAACCGCUGCAGUCCCUGCGGACCCACCCCACUGGCCAACAGCUGCAACGAGCCCUGUGCCCUGCAAUGCCAGGAUUCCCGCGUCAUCAUUGACCCUUCCCCUGUGCUGGUCACCCUGCCAGGACCCAUCAUGACCUCCUUCCCCCAGAACACCGCCGUCGGAUCCACCUCCUCCGCUGCUGUGGGCACUGAGCUCAGUGUGCAGGGACAGCCCAUCUCUGGUGGCUUUGGUGGCUUUGGCUACGGCCUUGGCUAUGGCCGUGGAUUUGGCUAUGGCCUGGGAGGCCUGGACUGCUAUGGCAGAAGGGGCUAUGGCUACAACUGCUAAGGGCCCUCAGCACCACUCCUGACACCAACCACCCACUCCCUGGAAAACAUCUCAGGCAUUGAGCAUGCCUCUCUGCUCCAAGGCUCUUAAAUGUGCUCAGCACUUUCAGCUUCAGCUCUGAUUGCACCAAGCAAGGCAGCAGGCCACACUGCCUGCAAACAUGGCCCAUCUGCCUCCGGCUCCCUGCUCUGCAUCGCCCCUUUGGCUCUGUCCAGACCCCUCUGGACAAACCCCUUCUCCCAAGCCAGAGACCAUGGGGCACCUCCACCAUUCCUCUGCUCCCACUGUGGGGCAGGAAGUCCUUGAUGCUCUGGCCAAACCUGCAAGCCAAGGGGCCUUGGUUGGUGGUUGCUCUCCUUGUACCUCAGCCGGGCCUCUUCCACUUGCUGCUCAUGACAUUUUCUGUUCUUCAUGCCUUAAUAAAAUUCUUUUGCAUUGCA